CGCAACUGCGCAAGUCUCCUUCUUUCACUCAUCCAAAAUGUCUAAGAGAGGACGUGGUGGUUCCGCCGGAGCCAAGUUCAGGAUCUCCCUGGCUUUGCCAGUAGGAGCGGUAAUUAACUGCGCCGACAAUACCGGUGCCAAAAAUUUAUAUGUAAUUGCCGUACAAGGUAUUGGCGGUCGUUUGAACCGUCUGCCAGCUGCUGGUUCUGGUGACAUGAUUGUAGCCACAGUAAAGAAAGGUAAACCAGAACUUCGUAAGAAGGUAAUGCCUGCAGUAGUGAUCAGGCAACGUAAGCCAUUCCGCAGGAAGGACGGUGUGUUCAUUUACUUUGAAGAUAACGCAGGGGUGAUUGUGAAUAACAAAGGAGAAAUGAAAGGAUCGGCUAUCACAGGACCUGUUGCGAAAGAAUGUGCAGACUUGUGGCCCAGGAUUGCUUCCAAUGCUAGCAGUAUAGCUUGAGUUAAGUUUUGUGGCUAUUUAAUAAAAAAAAAUGUAAAAAAUUUGGAAUAAUACAACUUUAUUCUUUGACAAACA